CAACGCACCUCUUGCUUUUUCCUCCAAAGUAUGUUAUAUUAAGUUUCGUGAAGCAUCGAGUGUUGGUGUGGCCCAGCAUCUAACUAACACGGUUUUUAUUGACAGAGCUUUGAUAGUUGUGCCCUGCGCAGAAGGUAAAAUCCCAGAUGAAGCCAAAGCCCUUUCUCUAUUGGCGCCUGCUCCUACUAUGACAAGCCUGAUGCCUGGUGCAGGGUUGCUUCCUAUACCUACACCAACCCCUUUGACUACACUUGGUGUUUCACUUGGCACUUUGGGGGCUAUACCAGCAGCAGCAUUGGACCCUAAUAUUACGGCACUGGGAGAAAUACCCCAGCCUCCAAUUAUGGGGAAUGUGGAUCCAUCCAAAAUCGAUGAAAUCAGAAGAACAGUCUAUGUUGGAAACUUGAAUUCCCAGACUACAACAGCAGAUCAGCUGCUUGAAUUCUUUAAGCAAGUUGGAGAAGUCAAAUUUGUGCGAAUGGCGGGGGAUGAGACACAACCAACACGAUUUGCUUUUGUGGAAUUUGCAGACCAAAAUUCUGUACCUCGAGCUCUUGCCUUUAAUGGAGUUAUGUUUGGAGACAGGCCACUGAAAAUAAAUCACUCCAAUAAUGCGAUAGUGAAGCCUCCUGAAAUGACACCACAGGCUGCUGCCAAGGAACUGGAAGAAGUGAUGAAGAGAGUAAGGGAAGCCCAGUCAUUCAUAUCUGCUGCUAUUGAGCCAGGAUGGCUGCACUCAACGAGUAUAUGCAAUGACUUUCUUGGAUGUUUCUGAAGGAUAUUUGCAAAGAAGGAAGAUGUGCAAAGAGUAGGCCCCUUGCACUAUAUGUGGUACAUUCCACUUGUGCCAAAUUGUUAACUGGGAUCUUUAAAUGUUCUGAGCUUACACUGCAAAGUGGUUUUUUCCUCUCAGAGUCUGGAAAGAGCAGUG